CUUUAACACACCUAUCCUCUGUCUCUCAGAUACAGACAGAUUUACUUCUUUGCUCUCUUUCACUUGAUAAUCUGCAGCUUGACUUGGAUAGUUUUUAUGUUGUUUUUCUUUUGACUCUUGAAAGAUUGAACUCAAAGGAUAAUGUCUUCAUUGAUGGGAGCAAGGAGGCGCAGUAAUUGAUUGAUAAGUGGAGCUGAGAAGAGCCGGAAAGGAGGAACAGGUGACUAGAGGAGGAAGACGAGUAUGGGGCAUUCAUCUGUCUGGAUCUUUCUGUUGUGCUUCACACUCUUUCAUCAAAGGGCUGCAGCACAAGUUGAAGCUUGCAGGACAGCAGUUCAAGCAGACAUUGUGUUCCUGGUGGACGAGUCAUGGAGUGUGGGUCAGACCAGCUUUUCCAGAGUCAAAGACUUCAUCUCAGCCAUCAUGUCCUCCUUUCAGGACAACACAGUAGGAGCUGAGGGGGUUCGCUUUGGAGUCACGCUCUUUGGGGAUGUUCCAAGGAUGCUGGUUGCUUUGACAGACUACAGUUCACUAGAGGAGGUGCUCAGAACUGUUGGAGACCUCCCCUACGGUGGAGGAUCCAGGAAAACAGGCAGUGCUCUGCAGUUUCUUGUAGAUUCUGUGUUCAGCCCUGCCAUCAGCAGAGACUUUACCCCAAAGAUUGCUGUUUUGAUCACAGCGGGGAGCUCUGAUGACCGGGUCGAUCUUGGUGCCAAAGCAGUUGCAGACAGUGGGAUAACACUCUUUGCAGUGGGUGUACGAGGAGCUGAUGUGUCGGAGCUGAGAAGGAUUGUGUCCGAGCCCUUCGAGGAGCAUCUUUUGCAAUGUGCAGAUUUCUAUCUCCUGGAAACACUUCUUCCUAAACUGUCUCGGAGAUUAUGCAUCAGUGCGUCUGAGCCACCACGACCCGUAAAAAUCACCAAGCAAAGUGAAGAGAAUGUGGUGGGUCCCAGAGACCUGCAGGUGAGCGAGUUAGCUCACAGCUCGCUCAGGCUUACAUGGAGCCAAGCUACAGGUGAUGUCACUGGAUAUCGCCUCCUGAUCACACCUCUCAGCUCUAAGGGUCAACUCCUGCUGAAUCAGCAGAGACAGCUGAAUCUGAAGGCAGAUGUGAGCUCCACCAUGGUGACGGAGCUGAGUCCAAAGACAGAGUAUUCUCUCACCCUCUAUGCUAUCUACCCAAACCUCAUUGGCAACUCUGAAACAAUCCCAGUGAAAACAGCUUCGUUGCCCAAAGUAUCAAACUUCCGUGUUAUCGAAGAAGGUCCCUUCUCUCUACGUCUUGGCUGGACACCUCCUCUGGGAAAGCUCAACGGGUUCAAGAUCUUUAUACCUAGGUCCAACAGACCAGGAUUAACAUACGAGCAGCUGCUUCCUGGGGACAUCUCCUCUCAUGUGAUUGACAGCCUGGAGGAAGAUAAAAAGUACACCAUCAGCAUCUAUGCUGUUUAUCCCGAGGGGCCAAGUGAACCAGUGUCCAUAGUGGGAAAAACACUAAAAGUAGUACCAGUUAAGCAAUUUUUGGUCCAGAAUGCCACCACAGACACUGUGCAAGCAAGGUGGGCAUCAGUCAAGGGAGCAACGGGAUACCGUCUGACAUGGGCGUCCACAGAUGGCCACAUAGAGAACAUCAACCUUGGAGAUAACUUCAACUUCUACAUGAUUCAGGGCCUUCACUUAGGCUCUGAGUACACAGUCACAAUUAACCCCAUCUUUGGAGACAUUGAAGGGCCAGUCACCACCAACAAAGUCAAAACAUUGGAAAGCAGUGCUGUUCAGACUUUAAAGGUCUCUGCUGUAAGCACCAAUUCAGCUGUUGUAUCUUGGAACAAAGUCCCAGGGGCCACAGGUUACAGGCUGGCAUGGGGACCCACCCCAGAGUUUAUUGGCAGAGAUCGUCCAAGGCAGUUGGCUUUGAACAGCAGCACUACAGAGUACAAGCUAAAGAACGUUGCCCAUGAUACAGAAUACGUCUUGACACUAUAUGUGCUGUUUGGGUCUGCUGUUGGGCCUGGAAUCUCUGCAACCUUCCGAACUUCUCCUUUAGGUUAUGUGUCAAACUUUAAGGUGACGUCGUAUACAAGUACCUCUAUAGCAGUAGAGUGGAGUCCCAUUGUUGGAGCAACAGAGUACAAACUUUCCUGGUACACAGAUGAUAGCAAACCACAGUUCCAGUAUUUGGACCGAAGUGUCCUGUCGCACCAGAUUAAGGAUCUCAACCCACAGACCAUCUACACCAUUACCAUCUGUGCAGUUUAUGGAAACUCAGAAGGACCAGAGAUCUCUUUGUCUCAACUAACAGCUGCAGUGUCACAGACGGAGCCAAUCCAGCCAGUUAGGGAGUUGAAAGUUGUGGACAUUGGACUUAAUUCCUUCACCCUGUCUUGGAAGAAAACACCAGGAGUUUCAGGAUACAAAGUUUCCUGGAUUCCCUUUCUUGGGGGUAAAGAAGAGUCCCAAGUGGUACCUGCUGCUUCCACUACCUUCACCAUGGGCAACCUUCAGGAGAGCUCGGCAUAUAAGAUCCAGGUUUCCCCUGUAGUUGGUAGCAGAGAAGGUAGUCCGGUUCUGGUAACUGCACGAACUUUGGAUCUUCCAAAAGUGGAGGGAUUUUCUGCUCUAAACACGACUGAGAGCAGCACAGUUCUGAACUGGACCCGUGUAGCAGGAGUCUCUGGCUAUCUUCUCUCUUGGAGGCAUAUUUCAGUGUUGGAGACAAAAACCGAAACUCUGGGUCCUGCCUUUUCAUCCUAUAAGAUCAGUGACCUGCAGUAUGGCAGAACAUACAUUUUCUCCAUCAGGCCUUUGUAUGGAGAAGUGGAGGGACCUAUAAGCACCGUGUAUCAGAGAAUACUGGGGCGGGAUGAUGUUGUGAAACCAGACCAGUCUGUUCCAGCCACUGUGGCUCCUAACUCCCCUCCCAUCACUGCUGACCCCCCAACUGCCUCCACCAUUACUCAACCAGCCACCAGAGUCCCUGACCCCCCCACAGCUCCACCGCCAACUAAAUCCAUAACUAAAAAGCCACUGAUUGAACCCAGCAUCACUGAAGCCAAGAAGGUCACAGUCACAACCAUGAAACUGAGCACAGCUGCCACAAAACUAACAGCUCCACCACAGCCAGUGUGUGGGAAGACCAAAGCAGACAUAGUGUUUUUGGUGGAUGAGUCCUCAAGCAUUGGAGUUAAUAACUUUGCCAAGAUGAAAGACUUCAUGUUUCGAGUGGCUACUUACUUCCCUGUUAUCGGCUCGCAUGGCACACAGAUAGCUGUGGUUCACUACAGCGAUGAGCCCCGCGUUGAAUUCAAUUUAAGUGACUUCAAAGACAGAAACUCUUUGCUCAGGGCUAUCAGAGGGCUGCGUUACACAGGUGGCAACACCAAAACAGGGAAAGGCAUCAGCUAUGUCCUACAGGAAUUGUUCAAGGAGUCUUUGGGAAUGAGGCACGACGUGGCCCAUGUUCUGGUUCUGAUCACAGAUGGCAGGGCCCAGGAUGAUGUGAUGCCACCUUCCAGGAUUGCCCGGGCUUUAGGGGUUAGCAUUUUAGCAGUUGGAGUUUCGAAUGCAGACAUCGAGGAGCUCAACAAAAUUGCAGCUCCCAGCAGUUAUACAAAUAUCUUUUACUCGCCCACCUUUGAUGACUUCCCCUCCAUAGAGAGAGAAUUUAUCCAGAGCAUCUGCAGCGAAGAGCUUCUUUCUGAAUUCAAACUAGAGGAUGAGUUUGCUCAGUUGGAUACACCGACCGAAGACCCAGAGGAGCUGAAUAAGCCUUUAGAUCCCUGCUCCUCACAGUGUGUCAAGGGCCAGAAAGGGGAAAAGGGAGAUGGUUUUGGUCUUGGAGGUCUGAGAUUCAGGCAAAGUCCUGGACAGUUUGAUCCUUUCAUAUCAUCCAAAGGAGAAAGAGGAGAGAAAGGCUCUCCUGGAACAGAUGGUAUCCCUGGGUUACCAGGGCGACCGGGAAGGACUGGACCACCUGGUUCUGCUGGUCAGCGGGGCCUUCCAGGUGUCCCAGGGGAUAUGGGUCCUCCUGGCCUCCCUGGCUCAAAGGGACAGAGGGGAGAGAGAGGAGAGCCUGGUUAUGUUAUAGCUGGAACAGAUUCAAAUUAUGUACCUGGAAGAAAAGGAGAACCCGGAUCUUCGGGCCCGCAGGGACCACCUGGGGUACCAGGAGCAAAUGGAUCCCCUGGCCUCCCCGGCCAACCAGGCCCACCAGGAUCACCAGGAAUAUCUGUGAAAGGAGAUCCUGGAGUGCCGGGAGCCAAAGGUUUGCGGGGGAAGCAAGGCAUUAAAGGAGACAAAGGAGAGCCGGGAAUAGAUGGUAUUGCAGGUCUUCCUGGUCCCAUUGGUAUAGAUGGCGUACCAGGAUUACAAGGUCAGAAAGGAGAAAAGGGUGAAGAUGGACUUGGUAUACAAGGAGUUCAAGGUCCUCCAGGAGAGAAAGGAGAGAAGGGAAAUAUGGGCCUUACAGGAACAGAUGGAACAAAGGGUGACCGUGGAGACCAAGGCAUCCCAGGACUAGGUGGACCCCGGGGAAAAAAGGGAUUGAAAGGAGAGAAAGGGGACAAGGGAGAGCAGGGAGAAAAGGGAUCUGAUGGACCUCAAGGACCUCAUGGACUAACUGGGCCGAUGGGGUUAAAAGGAGAUGAAGGUCCAAGAGGAGCCCCUGGAGAUCCUGCCAAGGGUAUAAUUGGGCCAACUGGAAAAAAGGGUGCCAGGGGAGAUGUCGGCCCGGUUGGACCCACAGGUCCUCAGGGAAUCAAAGGAGACAGAGGAGAUAAAGGACAAAAGGGAAGUCCUGGUUUUGGGAUACCAGGUUUGCCUGGACAAAAGGGGAUAAAUGGUGAGAGGGGAAAUGUUGGACUAUCAGGAAAACCAGGGCCAAAGGGCAGGGAUGGUGCAAAAGGCGAAAAGGGGACUGUUGGGUUACCUGGAAAUCCUGGAGACCCAGGAUUAAGAGGUAAAGAUGGAGCAUCUGGACUUAAGGGAGAACCAGGGAUGAAGGGUGAACCAGGGUCAACAGGAGAGCCUGGUGAAAGAGGAAUUAGGGGUCCACUGGGGUUACCGGGGCGACCAGGUGACCCUGGAGAAAAAGGCGAACCUGGUGUUCCUGGGGUUGAUGGAAAGAAAGGUGACAAAGGAGAGACGGGGAAACCUGGACCUCCGGGAACACAAAUUGUGGCUGACAACAACAUUCUGACCAGAGUCAUCAAGGGUGACCCUGGAGAACCGGGUCAGCCUGGCUUGAGAGGAGAAGCAGGUUUACCUGGACCAAGGGGUCCAGAAGGGAAACCUGGAUUACCAGGACAGUCUCAGGGCUCUGGAAAAGAUGGGCUUGACGGUGUUCCAGGAAAACCCGGAGUAAAGGGUGACAAAGGGCAAAAAGGAGAGCCUGGUCCAAGAGGAGAAAAGGGAGACCAAGGGAUUGCUGGAAUGCCUGGAUUACCAGGAAGUCCGGGGAGACCAGGAAUAGAUGGGAAAAGAGGUCUGACUGGAAAAGAUGGUGAAAAAGGACCCAAAGGAGAUGAUGGAAAAAAGGGAGAUAAAGGAGAUCCAGGUGUGAAUGGGAAGGAUGGAAACAAAGGGGAGCCAGGGCCUCCAGGCUUGCCUGGUAGGCAGGUUCUUGUCACUCCUGAGGGAUCCACAAUUGAUGAAAUCCGGCAGGCAUUUCCAAUCCCGAUGGGUCCACCAGGAGCUACUGGGGCACCAGGAAUGAAGGGUGAUAAAGGUGAACAAGGCCUGAAAGGAGAUAAGGUAGUUAAUGCUGAAUUAUAUGUGAAACAUAUGGACAUUAAUAUUGCCUUUUUAUGCUGUAUAUUAAUGCACAUGUCUAUGCAGGGAGCUCCUGGAAAGUCUCUGGAGAUGAAGGACAUUGAGAGGAUGUUUGAAGAUUAUGGAAUAAGGCUGCCUCUGUUGAAGGCUUUGAUUGACAGGCUGCUGCAGGACGGUAUAGAGGAGCUGCUUCAUGUGCUCAUAUCAUCCAAGAAAAAAGAAAAAACAGACACUCACACCUCCAAUGUCAUCACUGAGUACACAAGUUCCUUGAAAUUUGACCUCACCAGCCAGUCACUGACAGAACUGGACACUGAGGACAGAGAUUUAGAGGACCAGCUUGGUGAUACUUUGUCAUCCGAUCCUUUGUCUGAAACUCUGGAGGGUCCGACAUUGUGGACCAUGACUACAGUAGAUGGAGAAGAGAAAUUAAAUGAUAUUGAGACCAAAUUAACAGGAUCCAAAGAGACGGGAGAAGAAGAAUGGGAUAGGGCCGAAGAGUCAUCACUUAAAAGGAAUCAGACUCUGGUCAACUCUACUUUGAACUAUACGAAUGAGACAGUCUCAGGGUUGCCUAAAACUGUUCUGGAGACUGUUCUCCUCACUCAGGAUGACCCACUGAAGAAGAACGCUGCACCAAAGAAGAAGAACAGGGGACAUGGGAAAGGCAAAGGAAAUAAAGGACGGCAUAAGAGGCAGAGACAUCGCCUGAUAAGUAAUGAGCAAAAAGAAGAAGAAAAUGAGGAAUUUUAUGGCAGCGAAGAAUACACUUAUGAAUAUGAGGAAGAACCUCUCCCUGAUGAAGAAACAGUCUCUUGGGUGAGGACAGAGAAAAGAGAGGAGGAGCAGCUAUCAACUCAACUUCCUGCCCAGUUUGAAACCUCCAGUCGUCCUCUAGCCACUGACCAGGAAACGAAUGCUCAGAUUAUUACAACACCAACAGUCUCUCCAUUACAGCCUAAGGCUGGUGUAGAAAAGGAAAAUGUGGCACUGCCUACUCCUCCGACAGCAACAGGAGAACCAGAUGAGGCACCUGGACUUCAAACCAGAGUGAAAAGAGACACCUUUAGGCAUGACUCAAUGGUAUUUAUGCCAGGUGCUCCAGGUGGAAGAAAUCGGAUUAAAGAAAUACAAAAACAACUGGCCUCUGGUGCUCAGGGUUACAACAAAUGGAGAACAGAAAAGCUCCUCAACAAUGUCAACAGUAGAGAAAUGGAAGAGAAAAAGCUAUACAGUGAGAUAAACAGAGAGGUAAUAUUUGGAGAAGAUGAUCUGACUGGAGGAGAGGGGGUAGCCGAACCAGGUGGAUACCCAGAAACUGACCCGGAUCCAGUCUAUGAGGAGAUAGAGGAGGAGAGGAGUGGCGACUAUGACUGGGAGAUGGAGGAAGAUGUAGAUCGGGAAAGGGAAAAUGAAGAGGAAGAGGAGUUGGAGAGGCAAAGAGAGAGGGAGAGGUUGGAAAUGGAAAGGGAAAGAGAGGAGCUGGAGAAGGAGAGGGAGGCUGAAUAUGAGAUAGAGAAAGAGGAAGAUGUGGAUGGGGAGACGACGGAGCAGGACGUUGAUAGAAACUUGGAAAGGGAGGAGAGGGAAAGGCAGAGGGCAGAGAUGGAGAGGCAAAGGUUGGGGGGAUACAGUGAAGAAACUGGACAGCCAUCACCUUAUCCUCCUGAGUACUUUUUUCUGAAGGGGCACCCAGGUGAAAAUGGGAAACCGGGACCAAAGGGUGAAAUUGGUGAAAAAGGACAAAAGGGUGAGCCAGGCAUUGGCCAUAGAGGACCAGAGGGACAAGCUGGUCCUCCAGGGCAAAAGGGUGAGCCAGGAGAACCAGGACCUCCAGGAGCGCAGGGCAUCCAAGGUAUUCGUGGAAAUGCAGGAAUUCAUGGCUCCCCAGGAUUUAAGGGGCAUCCCGGUGACCCAGGAGAACCAGGCAGAGAUGGUGAACGGGGUAAAAGAGGGAAGAAUGGAUCAUCUGGACCUCCAGGACCUAGAGGGCCACCAGGACCUGAUGGUCUUCCUGGAUUACCUGGUGUUAAAGGAGAAAAGGGUGAUGGCAUUCCAGGACAGCCUGGUGCUAGAGGGUUGCCUGGUCCACCAGGGAGAACGGGGGAAAAGGGCACACCAGGCAAUAAAGGAACUCCGGGUCUUAUUGUGAGGAUCUUUUAAAUUCUUCAUAAAUACUGUAGCAAACAUUCCUCUCUGUUUGUUCGAUUCUUUUGCUUUUUUAUUUCUUCUAAUUAGGGUCCAAAAGGCUUACGUGGUAGCAAAGGAGAAAAGGGAGAUCGUGGGAUACCUGGACUAAGAGGAGAAAGGGGGAGUGUGCUUCAGAUUCAAGGACCUCGUGGUUUCAAGGGUUUCAAAGGGGAUGCGGGUGAGAGAGGUCUACCAGGUUUUGACGGAGAUAAAGGAGAGAAGGGUGAGGAUGGGCCACCAGGAGUUAAGGGCCUUAAGGGGGAUGCAGGCACUAAAGGUGCACUCGGACGAUUUGGAGCACGAGGACCAGUAGGCCAGAAAGGGGAGCCAGGAGAGCCAGGGCUGAAUGGAGUCAUGGUAAU